CAACCCGGAAGUCAAUCACCCCGCGUCUGUUUUCAUGAUGGCGUGCCUCUAGGGUCAGUCCCGCCUUCUCUGUUUUGGUUUGUAUCUGCAAGGAUAAAACUGCUCGCUCAGACGUUAUGUCGGGAAUAGAGUUGAAGCCAGUGGAGGGCGGGAGUCCCAUUUUGCUCCCGCUGGGCGAGACUAUUGUCGGCAGGGGGCCGUUUUUGGGGGUUACAGACAAACGUGUGUCCAGGUCUCACGGCAUCCUGGAUGUGUCCAGUGGUCAGCUGAGGCUCAAACCAAUCCAUGUCAACCCUUGCUUCUUCAAGUCUGUGGAUGGUGAUUCUCUCCAACCAUUGCCUAAAGACCAGUGGAAGGAUCUUCAGCAUGGAGACCAGUUUGCCCUCUUACCAAACACCUUUGUGUUUGAGGUGAUCAUCUCUGACACCUUCAGAAAGACAACAGCAGCUAGUGAUGUUGGCACAUAUGCUGAUGAAAGUGUCAAAGUGGAAGAAGAAGUUACAAGCCCAGCAAAACAAGAUGAAGACAUCAAAAGUACAACAAAGGAUCUUCCAAUGAGAUGUCCCCUUAAGGAGGAAAAGAAGCCAGAAGAUGUUGGAGACGACGACAUUAAGAACACAGAGAACCUCUCCACGACCAAUGGAGCUGCAGAAAGCCAAGAGGAGAGAAAAAAGCUGCCCAGUCCUGCCAUGUCACAGGAGACACCUUCACAGAAAGCAAAAACAACACAAGUAGGGAACAGAGAAGUGGCCCUGCCGCUGGAGAGAAAACGGAAGCUUCCUGAGUGGAUGGAGAGGCUGCCACCUGUCAACGCCGCUGGAGCUGAGGGAACUGGCGGGGAAGUCACAAGUACACCCGCGAAACGAGGUGGUUCGGGACGUGGGCGAGGUGGUGGCAGAGGUCGGGGCAGAGGUCGGGGCAGGGGUCGUGGUAGACCGCCCAAGGACUGGAGCGGUAGUGAGGGGGAGGAGGUGGCCCCCACCCCGGCGAAGAAGAGGGGUGGGGCUGUGGGGAGGGGCAGGGGACGGGGGAGGGGGCGGGGUAGAGGACGGAGCAAAGCGAGGGACGUCAGUGAGAGCGAGGAAGAAGACCUGGGAAUAGAGGAGGAGGAGUCCCCCUCUGUCAGAAGAACCACCAGCAGGACUCCAAAGAAAAGGAUGGCAGAUGAGGAGUGGGUGAUGAGUGGGGAGGAGGCAGAGGAGGAGGAAGAAGACUUGUCGGAUGAUGGAGAGGACAGUGACUGGGAGGAAGAGGAAAGAAAAAGAAAGGUAACGCCCAAAGCCAGAGGAAAGACGAAGACUCGAGGCAGGAGAAGAGUGUACACCAUGGACUCUGAUGAGGACUCAGAUGAGGAGGUGCUGCCUGUCAGCAGAAGGGCCUCCAAGACACAGAGAAGGACGAGGCGCGGGAGUGAUGAGAGUGAAGAGGAGGGGAGGAAGACAAGAAAACCAGCCAAGAAGACAGGACGGCGACCUUGUUCUUAUGGCAAGAACUGCUACAGGAAGAACGUGGCCCACUUCAAAGAGUUCUCUCACCCCGGGGACUCAGACUACAACUCUGAGGAGGAGGACAGGGGGGAUGGGGAGGACGACGAGAGACCUGAGUGUGAAUUUGGCAUCAAAUGUUACAGGAAAAAUCCUCAGCACAAGAAAGACUUCAAACACACUCAUGAUCCAGAUGAUGAUGAUGAUGAUGAUGAUGAAGAAAAAGAGAGACCCAAGCGAAAGGUUGCUCAGAGAACUGGAGGUUCCGGGAAGAGUGCGAUGAAGGGAGAGAGUGAUGAUGAUGGUCUGCCCAACACAUACGACUACAAUGACAGUUUCCUGGCUGAUGAGGACGAGGAAGUGUCGGACCAAUCCAGUUAUGGAGCAGGCCAGGACGAAGACUCUGACUGGGAGCCUGAUGAUGAGGAGAUGGAGGAGUUGAAGCAUCUGAAGAAAGAAGCCAGACGAUUUGUCACCAGCAAGAAACUUCAACAGCCCAUCUAGCAUUUCUUUUAUUAUUGCUUGAAAUGCGGUAUUGUGAGAGGAGUUUUGGUUUUUGAUUUUAAUGCCCUUUUUUACACACUCCUGAUAGUUGACGAAGAACAAAAUAUGUAAACACAAAACUUGGUCAAUGGACAUAGUACAAGCUCAAGUAGCAACCAACAGACCUCCCUCAUAUACACACAAAUUUGCAGAAUUCUCUAAAACCUUGUAUCACUUUAUGUUUUACCACUGUAGUACACAACGUAUAUGUCUUACUACUGCAGUAAGACUGUUUGCCGUAUAACAAGGGGAUGUGGCCACGAUAGAAAAUACAAUAGCCACAUACUAGCAUCACUUACUUACAUGUAAUUGUGAUAUUUAUAUCAACAUUAUGGUUUGAAUUCAUAUGUUUUAGAUGACUAAGACUGAUCUUAUCUGGCCACUUCAGUCAAAAACUUGAAACUUGCAGAUAUGGAAAUAGGAUUGGCGCUGAAUGCAGGUGUAAGUAAUGAGUAUGUAGAUAAAGUAGUCUGUUCUUGGUACUAAAUAGAAACUGUCUAUCUACUACGCAGCGUCGUGAGUUCUUCAGACCGUACAAUAUAGAUAAAGUCAUCUGUAUACAAACUAAAUUCCACAGUAAAAGUAGCAAGCUGAAGAUUGCCUACAUACAUGUAGGACCGUCAGAAUGAAUACAAUUAUGUAUGUUGGAUGCAGAUUAGUGGGAAGAACAACUACAUGUACAUGUAUGUAUACCUUAUACAUGUAUAUGAUUAUGGUAGCUUCCAACUAUGACAUAGUGUCCCACUGUGCAAGUUAGAUAUACUUUUUGGACCAGAGGAUGCUGAUGACAUGACAUCCUAAACAUCUGACAAUGCUACAUUGAAACGUAGAGACAACUGAGAUUGUAUUAUGUUGAUAUGCACAUCCACCUCAUGAUUGUAUACGUACAUGUACAUCUACUAGGUAAUAUGUCUUUGUUGCCCCUGUAGUGAGUAAGAGCAAAGUCAGAUCAGAAACUAAUCAUGAGGGCAUUCUUGGGAUAGUCAUGGAUUUCUCCAUUCAGCUGUCUUGACAUGGAAAAGGCUGUCUUAGAUCCUUGCCAGCAUUUGGUGCUGUCACAGCCUGCUUGAAAAUUCCACAGCAUCAAGUUGGUAUGAUGAGUGUGAUUGCGCAGUAAGUGGUACAUUGUGCUGUUUGUGUUAGUACAUUGUUGGUAGACUGGUUAUUGUGCAGUAGAUUCUGACAGUGUCAGUAACUGGAAGAUGAGAUUUUCACAUUGUACAGUACAUGGUCAAGAGUUAUAUGUACCAACUCUAGUUAUAGUGCAUAACACCAGACAUCAGGUAACUAUAUUGGAAAUAAUCUAACAUGACUUAAUUAUUUGUACCAAGAGUCAAGACGAACUUGAGGGCACCUCAAGAAGUUAGGUUUUGUAGAGACCCAAACACUCAUGGCAUUUUAAAAAAAUACAUGGAAAAAUAACUGUAAAUCAUAAUUUUUUUCACUGUACUUUUAUAUUUGCAGUUAUUUCUGUAUCAUGAACUUAUCCUUACCAUUAGCAAAUAAUUUGCCAACUUUACUGUACCGGUCGCUACCUUGAGCAUAUGGUUACGCGAACCUGUCCAUUUUUCUCAGACUAUGAACUUUUGCUACCAGGAACACAAAGUGAUUUACAGUAUUUGAGAAAGCUACAAUGGUCAUCCAUGCCUGACUUGUUGAUUAUUUGUAUUUUUUAAAUUUUUAAAACCCCUGUAUCGUACUUUGCGCAUAGAAUUUAUAUUGGGCCAAAACUAGAGUUCCACACACCCUGCUCAUAGUUGUGAACUUAUGGGAAGACACAGGAACAAAGGCAAGAGCCAGCAAACACCAGCUAGAGUGGCCCUCUAGAGGAGGGUUGCAUAACUGCAUCCACAGCAAUUUGUGUAAUAUUCAAUGUGUGUGCAUGGCAUUGUGUAACAAGUACCUGUAGUUCCAGAAUAAGCUAUUGUAUCAACUUCCUCACCAAGGCAGAUUCUCAGUAUACACUUUAGAGAUAUUGUCAUGAUGUAUUGUCAAGAUGCAGCUGUGCCAGUCAUUGUAUGUGUAGCAGUUGCCAGUACUUAUAAUUAUUGCUCUACUGAUUACUCUUGUAAUAAUGGUUUCUCCUGUACACUCCUUAUCAACUUACAUGCUUUCCUGAAAAUCUUGUCGUUUACAGAUUUGUAAAAACAUGUGCUGGUAAGUACAUUCCACUUGCCUUUGUUUGUUUUUAAAACAUACCCCAGUAAUAAACAAGACAUUGAAGAUUCCAUA